AUGAAAAGCAGUUUUACGAUAGAUGGACACCGCUUUGAGAUUAAGUUGAACAAAAGAGAUAUAAACGAAAGAUAUAAAAAGUAUCACCAAAAGAGAUUUGGACUGUGCAUUCGCAGCACAAGCAAAAAACAGACUAUAAAUGAGAUAAAUAAUAUUUUCGAUAAUAAUAUAUCGAUCGAAUCUACAGAGCUCUUAAAUAAUGAAAGAGAAUUUAUUUUAGCAUCAGUAAACAAUAUUCUCUGUUGGGGAAUAUACUUAAAAGGAGAGACUGAGCAGGGAAUGCUUCUCCCUGGGAGUUCAAAAGAAAAUACGCUGUGCAACUUAGAUGUAAAAGACAUGGAAGACCCUUCUUUAAUGUAUAAACUUGCAAAAUCUCGAAAUCUAGUUCUGUCUGAAGAUGUGAAAGAUUCAUUAUUAUACACACUAAAUAUUUAUCUUACAAGCUGGCUGGAGAAAAUUGACCACCUAGGUACUCUGGAUAGGCUUAAAAGGGAUGAAUACAUAAAUAUAGUGGCUGAGCACUCAUCUAGAAAAAAAAUAAUAGAAGCGCUUUAUUCGAGCGAGACAUUAAGCAACAGCUCCAGUAUGAUUAUAUCAAGUUUUCAUGAUUUUCAUAUUAAUAUCAUAGAGAAAUACCAACUAAAAGACCUUUUUACUACAAAGAUAGACAAUACGCCUAUUUUGUUUGUUGGGUUUGGGUAUAUGCAUGCAAAUUUGAAAGAUAUGGCUGCAAAACUAAAGACAGCUCUUAAUACUGUGUCUGAACUUAAAAGAGACAGCCCCAAUUUAGAAUUAGAAAUAUGCAAAGAUACAGUUUCUAAACAUAUUCCAUUGAACAUUCUAUCCAUAGUUUUAUCAAUGCAUGAGCACAGGGUGGCAUUGAGAGGUAUUUAUAAUGAGUACACUGCAAUAUUCAACCAGUUGCAAAUCAAUAGCAUCCAUUCCUUGUCCAUAGAAGAUACUAUGAAUGAUAUUCCAGCGCUAGAAUCAAUGCUCUUUCUAGAUAAUGCUGUUAUAAAGGAAAUUGCUGAUAGAGAUGAAUUAAAGAUUUUAAAACAUCUAUACUACCCAAUAGAUCUGCCGAAAGUACUAGAAAAAAUUCAAAAAGAAAAUAUAAAGGCUGAGAAUAUAUUAGAAGAAAAAGAACAAGAUGCGUCAAAAACCCAUCACAUUGAUAAAGACCAUCUACUCGGAUCUGCAGAAGUUUUAGAUGUGUUUAAAGAAAGUAUUGAAUGUAUGGAGAAAGAUAGUUGCAGCUUAAAGAUAGAAAAACAUAACCCGAAUGCAUUUAUUAAAACAAUAAGUCCAAAGGUAGCAGAAAGGAAUAGCACAAUUAACACCGGCAUGUCUGAAAAAGGGGGCACGCCAGGUGCAAGUACUGCUGAGCAUCAUAGGAUAGAAGAAAUGAAUGAGGAGAUGGUGAGUUUGUUUUCUAGCCUAUUUCGGCAAGAAGAAGACGAUGUGGAGAAAGACAUUGCAGAGGUAAAAGAGAUAGAUAAUGAGUUUGCAGUCUCAUCAUAUGAAGAAACCCGUAAAAAAACAAUUGGAAUGUUUUUUCUAUUGGUUUUCGCUAUGUAUAGUAUACUGAUUUAUUCAAUGAGUAAUUAUUCGGGUGCUUUACAUUCACGCUCAUAA